GUUGCAUCCCUUUGGUAACAGGAUCACGCAGGACCUUUACAAUAUUUUGUUACCUAGGAAGGUUUCAUUUUUAAUAAUGAACCUUAUGCUAUUCCUUCUAUUCUUGGAAUGAUGAAACUCCAGUACAAGAACUAUCACUUUAAUCUACGCCAACAUUUUAGAAGUUUCCUUACGAUGGAAUUAGCCCUUGCAAACCCAAAUGAAGAUAUCGAAAAAGAGGUGUGGCGAUACCUAUGGCAAUUAUGGGAUGAUGAGAAGUACCAGGAGAAAUGUCAGAAAAACAAGGAAAAUCAGUUUAAGCUUAAAGUCCUCCAUACUGCUAGCUCAAAGGCAUUUAGAAAGGUGCAAUACGAUGAGGUAAACAACUGACCUUUAAAUAGUACUGGAUGAGCAGCUUUCCAUUGAGGUGUUUGGGCAUAAGUCUGGCUACAUAAGUGGUUUAGGACGUGGUCCUAAACCUAUUAUAACAGCAUCUGGUCGACGUACUCGUGCUGCUCUUGAGAUAGAAAAUGAGGAAAUUAGAAGGGAGCUUGAAGAGCAACGGAGAAUCAAUGAGGAACUGGAUGCAAGAGUGCAUAACUUGGAGUCUAAUAGCGUGGAGGUCAAUGCCAAGAUUGAUUUGGUGCUGCAACAGAUUAGUCGGGGAGCUUUUACUUCUGAUUUACCAUCAUAAGUUUUCAAUUUGUGGGGCCUGUUCAGAUCUAAUCAUUGAAUCAACGACUGCUGCUUUGAAGAGAUCAAGGAAGACUUAUUUUGCUGGUUCUUGUCGAUCUACAUAUAUGCUUGACGCAUGGUUUGGAUUUACUGAAAUUAACUCAAAUCUACUCAGUUUUUGGUGGUUAUGGAGAAGAUCCAGAGGGAUGUCCAAAGGGUGUCACACCUAAGUACAGCUUGAAGCCUCUUGUGCCAAGGCUGUCUGAUAUAAAGCCUGAUAUUGAUGUUGAGAAAAUGCUUUUUUAGAGAUUCUCUUUGAAGAAACUAUUGUUAUUCUUCAUUUGAACUGUUACUACUUUGAUUUGAAUUUGGAAACUUUCAGUUUUAAUUUUUGUAAAAUUUUACUUUCUACAUACUCAUUAUGGUUUGGGAAUAGAGUGCCUUUGAUGUGUGGAUGUCAA